AUGGACUCUUCACAAGACUCUAAAAGUCUUUUACCUCCUCUCAAGCCAACUAUGUUCGACACAAGUCAUGAAAAUCCUUUCAAAGUCCCUCCUGACGAAGAAAUCCUCAACAUCCGUGAAAUCAAAGCCAGAGAAAAAGAAGACCGUUCAAAAACUCGAAACAUGAAAAUUUGGGAUAAAGGGCUCAAAUAUAACCGAGCAGGUGCAUUACGAAAAAUCGAAGAAAUUGAAAUCAGCACGACCCCAGCUGAAGAAAAAGUAACUGUUGCUGAAGCUGCACAUGCUGCCCUUGUCGCUGACCGUGUGCGAGCUCGUGAAAACAUCCACAAAACAAUUGACAAGAAACGUGAAAUGUUUCUCCUUCAAAUGAUGAUUGACAUUAAAAAAGAAGAAAUCAAAAAACUUGAACAAUUCGCCUUAUUAAGAGAAUACGGCUUAAAAAAUUCUGAAGAUAUGCUCAUAGAGGACACAACCCGGUUUAAUGAAUACUGAGACGAAUGCAAACGCCAAAGCCAUGACGCCAUGAAAGAAGCAAAAAAAUUGAAUAAAAUAAAAAUUGAUAUAACUCAUGACAUCAAUCAUUUAAAUGAAGAAAUCCAGCAGCUGCAGACACAAAUACAGAAACAUGAAGAAAGCUUGGAAGAGUACACGAAAUAUAAAGAAUUUUUAGAUAAGGUGGAGCCACAUGAAAAGGAUGCAGGGAAUCAUUUUCAGAAUUCAGAGCAGCUGACUGACAUUUUUCAUGGGUAUAUAGAGCAUAAUUUAAUUUUGAUACAAAAUAUACAAGAAUUGGAACAAAAUUUGGAGCAGACUAAACAUGAAUAUGAAAAUAUUGAGAGAUUGACUGGGCAUAAGUUGUCUGAACUAAACGGAGGGAGAGGGGAGCUGGGAAAAGCUAUUGAAGAAAAAGAUAAAAGAUGUAUACAGCUAGAAGGGAGGUUACAGAAAACUAUAGGCAAUGAACAAACUGGGCAUCCAGUACUUAUGAGAUUAGAACAAACCACAAGAGAUGUACUGAGGCUAGAAGCAGAUGAAGGACAACAAGAUUGUUUAGGGCUGCUGACUGAAGUUGAGCACAGGCUUGAUGUUUAUUUAAGGAUUUUUAAAGAAUUUGAUCAAAUUGAUGAAGAAUAUGUUACUAAAAAAGCUAUUGACUUAGAAAAAAAUAGAAGAGAAAAAUCAAGGAAUGAAACUCUUAUUAAAGAAAAGAAGAAAAAUCAAGAUAAGCUGCAAAAAUAUAUGGAAAGAUCAGCAAAUCCAAAGAUUAGAAAAGUUGGAAGGCAGCCAAUGCCAAAGAGUAAACUGCCUGAAAAGAUUGUUGAAAAAGUAGUUGUUGAGCCUCCACAAGAAGAAUUGGACAGAGUCGAGUUUUUGGGAGAUGAUUAA